AUGAUGCUUAAGAACCAAUUGGAGUUUCGGACGAUAUUUCAGCAGAGAUUCACCGUCUCGCUCAAACGUGGCGUGACCAGUCACAGCUUACAGAGAAGUUAUGCAGCUGUUGCUUCUGGGGCUAAACUUAAGCUGCCUACAGCUCCAAGGUCAGCUAACAGGUCAAAGCAAUCACAGGAAAAGAAAGCAAGCACUUCGAAAAAGGCAGCAGUUGAUGAAAAGCGCACAAGUCUUCAGGCGGCCAAGGAGAAAGCGAAACAGCUACAGAAGGAGCUUAAGGAAGCAGAGACUAAGAUCAAGGCUGCCGUUAAGGAACGCACCAAGAAGGCAGCCGAGAAGAAACAGGAGGUGAAAGAAGCUGAGGCUAGGCGCAAGUUGGUAGCCAAAGCUACCGUGAAUCCGCGUGCGUACUCACCGUUGGUGGUCUUUUGCAAAAGCAAGAAGCUUUCAAUCAAGGAUGCAGUCCCAAUCUUUGCGCAAAUAUCCGAAGAGGAACGCAGUAAAUGGACGCAAGCGACAGCGGACUUGAACUCGAAGAUCCGCCCCAUGGUGACGCCUAGACCUAAAUCUGAUGGAACGACAAGCUUCAGUAGGUUUGUAAAGAAAAACAUUGCUGACACCAUGGAGAAUGUUCGCGACGGUGGCGUGGAGGGGCGGGAUGUAGCUAAUACGGCCUUUCGCCAACUAGGCGAGAAAUGGAGAGCAAUGGACGAGAACGAGAAGAGCAGGUACGCUCUCCUGAAGGAGGAAAGGGCCAGAGCUCAACAGGAAAAGAAGGAUUGGCAGGAACUAAGAGUGAAGGAGUAUCAUGAGUUGCAGAAGUUCUUGAAGGAUUACAAGGUGAACAUUGAAGACUAUUAG